CACGCGCUCAUUCACACUCGCUUGCAGCGCGAGGCUCGCCGCUGUCACACUGUCCUAACGGCGCGCGCGAUGGGGCGCUCAGCUGGGUAAAGGGUUUCCUGCUCCGGACCCGCGCGCAGCCUCGGCAGGAUGGGCUCGUGGCUGAAACUGUUACUGCUGACCGGCGCGUGGCUCGCGCACAGCGUCUCACCUGAGGACAGGCUGACCAAAGAGAUGGAAUGGACCAAUGGGAUCUGUCGUUAUGGCAACAGGGUGGAUUGCUGCUGGGGCUGGACACGAGAGAGCUGGGGGCAGUGUAGACCUGUGUGUGAGCUGGGCUGUAAGCAUGGUGAGUGUGUGGGGCCGGAUCAGUGCCGCUGUCACCCUGGAUACACCGGCAAGACCUGCAACCAAGAUCUAAACGAGUGUGGAUUAAAGCCCCGGCCGUGUAAACACCGCUGUAUGAACAUGGUGGGCAGUUAUAAAUGUUACUGUCUGAACGGCUACAUGAUGAUGAGAGACGGCACCUGCAGGAACGCGCGUACAUGUGCCAUGGUUAACUGUCAGUACGGCUGUGCUGUGAUGUUGGGUGAGGUCACGUGUCAGUGUCCGUCACCAGGGUUACGCCUUGGUCCAGACCGCAGGACGUGUGUAGAUAUUGACGAGUGUGUGACGGGAGAGGCCAGGUGUCCCAGAUUUAGGAAGUGUGUGAACACGUUCGGCAGCUACAUCUGCAAAUGCCACAAAGGCUUCGAGCUGCGCUACAUCAACGGCAAAUACCAGUGCACAGAUAAGAAUGACCCUUUCUGUCACGAUAAGUUGAGCUCCAAGAAGUGCAAAUGUAAACCUGGCACCCACAGCAGGGACUGCAGACCCCUUAUUAAAGUGAGUAUUGAGCCAGCCAGACCAGCUACAACAGCAAAAUCUACAACGAAGAUCACCACGACAACAGCAACCACAACUACAACCUCUCCGACAACAACAACCAAGAGACCUACCACCACCACGACAACCAUCGCCACGACACCUACCACCACAACAGCCACUUCACCAACAACUCCAACCACUCCUCCAACAACAGUUCCCACCAGCGUUGCUACAACAACAGUUCCAACCACUGUUGCUAUUACAAUUCCGACCACUGUCACUAUGACAACAAUUCCAACCACUGUUGCUACAACAACAGUUCCAACCACUGUUGUUACUACAAUUCCAACCAUGGUUGCUACAACAACAGUUCCAACCACUGUUGCUGAGACAACAAUUUCAACAACUCCUGCUAUGAAAACAGUACCCACAACAACUAUUCCAACAACACUCGUACCGACCACAACAACCAGAAAACAUACAACAAUCACCUUAACAACUGUUACCAUGGCAACCACAACAGCAACAGUCAUCCCAACAACUCCUCCAGCUCCUCCAACACAAGCAGCCCCAUCUACGAACCCAGUGAUCACCACCACACUGGAUAACCGCAUCCAGAAUGAGAUAACUCAGAGACCCCGCGGAGACGUCCACAUUCCGAGGAACCGUGGUGAGAACAGUGUGUUUGAUUUGGACUUUGAUAUAGAGCUGGGGAACACGGCGGAGUACGCGCGAGAUGAUCCCGGUUCAGGGUCUUUGAGCUGCUCUUUUGAUCGGGGCAUUUGUCGGUGGAUGACUGACCAGGAGGGAGAUGUGCGCUGGGAGACCGUCAGUGAUCCAGCAGGUGGGCGAUAUCUGACAAUACCAGAGGGAACCACUAGAAGAAGUUUCAGAGGUGCUCGGCUUACGAUUCCUUUAGCUCCUCCCACGAGUCCACCUUGGCGUGCAGGUGACCUGUGUCUGUCCUUCAGGCACCGCCUCUACGGUCAUCACAUCGGCUCCUUGCAGCUCUUUGUGAGGAAGGGGCGGAGUCACAGCCCUGCAAUCUGGACCAGGACUGGUGGUCAAGGCUGGAGGCACACCCAGAUCACCCUGUGGGGGCGUGGCCUAGAAAGUGUGGUGUUAAAAGGAGAGCGGAGGCGAGGGCGGAGUGGAGAGAUCGCCGUCGAUGACUUCAGCUUACGGAGAGGCGCCUGCAGUGACGCAAGCAGAAAGUAACACACGUACACACAUACAGCACGGCAGAACAGUCAGAGACCACCCUUCAGUCAAACAGACAGUGAGUACAAUAUUAGACAUAAGACAACCCACCCGGCUAAAGCCCGGGAAAAACUGGAGUUUCCGAAACUGAAUCUCCAGAGAAAAUGUGGCUCCUAACAACCACCUGGAAGAGCUGGUCGACCCCAAAACUGCCCCCAUCAGAUGAACAGCACUGAAAGCUUUGAUCUCUG